GGGCGGCCCUGGCUAGGGGAGGCGAGUUGCAUGUGUCGCUUCAGCUGGCUAUCGAGGCAGGAGCGGAGCCGGCGGGGCCUGUGUGGCAGCCUGGAUUUGUGAAAUGGCUGCUGACAUUUCUGAAUCCAGCCCAGCUGAUUGCAAAGGAGACCCAAGGAACAGUGCCAAGUUAGAUGCCGAUUACCCACUUCAAGUCCUUUAUUGUGGAGUCUGUUCAUUACCAACAGAGUACUGUGAAUAUAUACCUGAUGUUGCUAAAUGUAGACAAUGGUUAGAGAAGAAUUUUCCAAACGAAUUUGCAAAACUUACUGUAGAAAAUUCACCCAAACAAGAAACUGGAACUAGUGAGGGUCAAGGAACAGCAGGGGAAGAAGAAGAGAAGAAAAAACAGAAGAGAGGUGGAAGGGGUCAAAUAAAACAAAAAAAGAAGACUAUACCACAAAAGGUUACUAUAGCCAAAACUCCCAGAGCAAAAAAUAAAUAUGUGACAACAGUGUGUGGCCUUGCAACUUUUGAAAUUGAUCUUAAAGAAGCACAAAGAUUUUUUGCUCAGAAAUUCUCCUGUGGUGCCUCAGUAAGAGGGGAGGAUGAGAUUAUCAUUCAGGGAGACUUUAUAGGUGACAUAAUUGAUGUAAUUCAGGAAAAAUGGCCAGAGGUAGAUGUUGGCAGCAUCGAAGAUCUUGGAGAAGUGAAUUUGAAAAUUUGUAUUUAAUGGCCUGAACUGAGAGUUGAUAUGGCCAAAAGGAGAGAGGCCUUUAAGAAAAUAUAUAUUUAU